AUAUCACCAAGUCUUGCUAAUGUCGAGUACCUACCCGGUAUAUAAGUGACGAGCGGAUUUACACAUGUCAAUGAACGGCGCCCUCUUGUUGGUGUGAGGGUAGAAACUAAUAUUCCGACAGGGAUGGGGUUCUCGGACAUCCGACUAUUUCUUUGUUUGGUACUGCUGUUUGUUACGGGGAUCCAUGGAGAGGAGGACGAGAGACAGAAUGGCAAAGAAGAUCCUAGUGACAGAGCUGCAUACACCACCACGCGCGGAUAUGCCGGAACCACAAGUAGAGACCGACUGGGCGUUAUCAUGAGCCCUGCUUACCCUGGCAACUAUCCAAACAACUACCGCUUCCGGUAUGAUAUCUAUCUAGGCACAGAGAAGAGUGAUUUGGAAAUAAACUUCAAGAUAUUUGAUUUGGAGUCCUGCAGCAAUUGCAAUUGUGACUACCUUAUGAUAGAAAACUACAAACUAGCCAAACCGUUGAAGUAUUGUGGAGCCGCCCUUCCUAAUGGUGACGGACGGGUGUACCUGGACAAUUUGGACAACUACGUGUGGAUAACAUUCCAGUCUAAUUCUGACCAGCGACGUCCGGGAUUUUACGCAACGUAUGAGAUCACUCAGAGGGCAGGCAAUGAUUCGUUCCUGACCGGAGGGUCUGUCUGUCCUCCUGUGUCAUGCCCGUACUGUGAAGUGGGACAGACCCCAGAAUACGACUACACGAGCGUUUGUCCAUACUGUUUCUGUAGCAAAUACCAGCAAAACACUACCCCACGAUACCAAAUGACCAGCGUGUGUCCACCUGUCUUUUGUCCGGCAUGUCCCUAUGGCUUCCACAGGCAGUACGAUUACAGUAGCUAUAAGUGUACGCAUUGCUACUGCGUACACAACCAGCAAACAACGGUCAGUGGCACCUGGAUGCAGGGGACAACCACUAGCUAUAUACCAUGGAACCAUCAAUCAAACAGUUAUCAUCCUAUGCGUACAACCAGUUAUCGUCCUUGGCAGACAACCGGUUAUUAUCCUGGGCGUACAACCAGUUAUCGUCCUUGGCAGACAACCGGUUAUUAUCCUAGGCGUACAACCAGUUAUCGUCCUUGGCAGACAACCGGUUAUCAUCCUUGGCGCACAACCAGUUAUCAUCCUUGGCGCACAACUGGUUAUCAUCCUUUGCGCACAACCAGUUAUCGUCCUUGGCAACCAACAAGUCGCCGUCCUUGGAACACAGAAACGACCAGCUAUCGCCCUUGGCGACCCGCAAGCACAACAAGCUAUUAUCCGUGGUGGAGACAAAGUAGCACCAUGCCAAACGUUCAUUGGGAAACGACCACUGCUGGAUAUGACCAAGGGUGUGGGAGAGGAUACUUCUACAGUUCCACUGGAAAUAUCAUGUCCCCGGGGGCACCUGGACACUCGUACUCCAACAAUGGGAAUUGUGAGUACAACAUUGACGUGGGCGGAGUCUUGGGGACCGUCAAAACAGUGGCUCUUAGGUUUAGUUUCUUCGAAAUGGAAAAUUGCGGUGAAUGUUCAUGCGACUCUCUCACAAUUAGCUCUGAUGAGACCAGUGGCGUGCGCAUGUGUGAUGACCGUUUGGUCAACACGUCACAUACCUAUUACGUGCAUACAACAAGUGAUAUUUUGAAACUGCAUUUCAUCUCUGAUUCGUCGGUUGCUCGGUCUGGAUUUUCCGUGAACUACGAGGUGAUGCGGUACGAUGUCAAUAACACAUGUAGUGCCGAUUCCUGCUACACCUGCAAUCAUUCCGUCCGUCAUGACUAUUUCGGCUGCUGUAUUUGUGUAGACGAAUCCUCUACAAACAGCACGUCAGGCUACUACAUGGCCUCCACCACUAAUGGAUAUUACUCCAAAAGUCUGCUGCUUCAGAUGCUGACCGAUAUAGCACAUCGCGCACAGAUGCUAGAACAGAACGCCAAUUACCUGGAGCACGAGGCGAACUAUGCAAAGAACCUUGUCGCCCAAAGUCUCGGCUGAUUGCUGACAUUUGUUGCCGCCAUCUCAUUGAAUGUUUCUAUUGUAAAUAUUGUCGAAACGUGUUUUUUCUAUAUUGUUACAAGGUCUGUUUUGCUUCUCUGAAUGCAUUACUUAUGAAUAGUGUAUUGUGGCUACACUUUUAAUUAAA